CCUGCUUGAUUGCCUGCAAGGAGAGAGAGAGAGAGCACUGUAUAGAGACGGGCUCUGUGGUGUUGAGGGAUCAGUCAGUGUUUGUCUACAGCAACUCCACUAACCAAGAGCUUUUCAUCCUUCUCCCGGCCUGUAACUGAAGCCAGAAAACUUUUCAGAGUCUGUGUGGUGAGGUGACAAAGGGGAGCCUUGGGAACAACUCCAAGCAGCACACAAUACAUGACUAAAGACCAAGCAGCCAUGGAUAUGUCGACAGCUGUGAGCCCAGCAGAAAACAGCACCACCUUCACACAGGUCUUUGGGCACCAAUGUGAGGUCAUGCAGGCAGCUGUACAGUCUCUGGAUACUUUAAAUGAACAGAUCACAUAUUUCAUCGCAAACAAGCCAGUGAAAGCAGACAGGCAGAAUGAUGACUUACUGCCUGAGGAGCAGGACACUCUGAAGAAAUCAUUGAGCUUAAUGAGACACUUACUUAUGGAUGUGCAGACUAAGAUCCUGAGCACCAUGGAAGACAACAAGCAGCUAGCCGGCAGGAUCGAUGGGGCUGUGCAAGCGGCCAACCGCGAAGUGAGCAGCCUGAGAGCCGAGCUGACCGCCACCGGCAGGAGACUGGCUGAGCUCAGCUCCGGAGGGGAGUGCGGCACCAGCGGGCAACCAGCACAGCACCGGGAAGAUGAUUGUGAUGUUCAACCUGAAGAGCUACAGCAUCAUGUGACAGUGCUUCUCCGUGAGGAGGUCUCCCAGCUCCAGGAGGAGGUGCAGUGGCUGCGACAGAUGAAGGAAAUGCUGACCAAGGAGCUGGAGGAUUCGAAUGUAGGCAAGUCGGCCGAAAUCCUGUCGGUGACUGAGCUGAAGGUGCAGCUUGCUCAGAAGGAGACGGAGCUGGCCCGAGCCAAAGAGGCCCUACAGGCCAUGAAGACAGACCGUAAACGUUUAAAAGCAGAGAAGGCUGACCUGGUAAACCAAAUGCAGCAGCUGUACGCCACGUUAGAGAGCCGGGAGGAGCAACUGCGAGAUUUCAUUAGAAAUUAUGAGCAGCACAGAAAGGAGAGCGAAGAUGCAGUGAAGGUUUUGGCGAAAGAGAGAGACUCACUCGAGCGAGAGAAGUGGGAGCUGCGCAGACAAGCCAAGGAGGCGACAGAUCAUGUGACUGCACUCCAGUCGCAGCUGGACCUGAAAGAAAACAGGAUUAAGGAACUGGAGGCAGAGUUGGCCAUGAUAAUGAACCGUAUGGGCCAGAAAAUGGAAUAUCGUAUUUUCGAUCGUUCAGCUGAGAAGGAACCCUUCCCUCGGGUGCUGGCGGCCAAGCAGUCGUUAGCCACACUGACCAAGGACGUGCCCAAGCGGCACUCACUGGCGAUGCCGAGCGAGAGUAUGCUGAAUGGGAAUCAGGAGUGGGUAACGCAGUCAGACCUCCCGCUCACUGCUGCAAUCCGACAGAGCCAGCAGACGUUGUAUCACACACACCACCACCCAGUAGACCGGCAAGGAGUGCGAGUCAGUCCAUGUCACUCAAGACAACCAUCCAUCAUCUCAGACACUUCAAUGCUUGAGGGUGAAAGGUCGUCCACACCGAGUGACAUCAACUCACCGCGACAUCGGACACACUCGCUCUGUAAUUCUCUUGAAGACCUCGAAGAACAAAAGAGGAAGAAGAAGAAAGAGAAGCUGGUGUUUGGCUCCAUUUCCCGGGUGUUUGCCAGGGGCAAGCAACGGAAAUCCCUGGAUCCCGGCCUGUUUGAUGGUACUUCUACCGAUUAUUACGUAGAGGAAGAUGCAGAUUGGUGAUAAACACCCAUCCACUCACAACCUCUGUGUGUAUGUGUAUGUGUGUGUGUGUGUGUGUGUGUGUACGCGUGUGUGUGCAUGUAUGUGUGGCAUGUGUGAGUACAUGCUUGUUGGGGGGGUGUGUGUGUGUCAGUCUGUCUGUUUUUAAACUUAAGAAAUGUGAGCCCUGGGGCUGGUCCAGCACACUCUGUAAUUAAUGUGUAUAUAUAUAUAAUAUAUAUACAUAGAUAAAUAUAAAAAUAAGUCCUGUGUGGAUAAUGUCACCUGUGAAUCUGUGGAGGGACACAGCUGUGUUUUAAUCUCACUGAUACUGGAACCCCAAAGGACAGCUGUGUACUGUAUCUGUAAAUAACUGCAAUUGUGCACUUUGUGCUUCUUUGUAAGGUAUUUUCUCCUGUUUGUUGUUCCCAUGUCCCAGUUGUGUGUUGUGUUCCAUUGGUUUGACAAUGCAAUAGAACAUCCUCAUUCCAACUGGGCAUGCUCAAGAACUCCCAUCUCAUUUAACCCCCUACUCCUCCCAUUCACCCAGGGGUUCAGCUUCCGAAUCAUGUAAUGAGCUAUUCGUGUGUUGAUGGUACGUCAAUGCAUCCCAUCCAUCGGCUGAGCAUGCCCUGUUUAGAUGAAUGAGAUGGUUCAGUUAAGGAGACCUUAUCCUUGCUUUAUGGUCUACAUUGGCAAAUUUGCAGUGGUACCAGUUGGCACAGACAGAGCAACUGUAAAAUUUCAGGGACAGUGGAAUGAUGGUGCAUUCCAGAGACCUAGACACAGUGAGGGAGCGCUGACCCCUCACCGCAGUGUAAAACCAUUGUAUACAGACAUCUGAGAUCUCGCUGCAAGGUAUUUCCCAGCAGCUCUACAAUUCACCCAAGCAUCUACCACACUGCAGUUCCUUGAAAAAUUCAGGAAAAUGCCCUUUCAGAAGUUUUUUUUUCAGGAGAGGACUGAAGAGAACAGUUACAAUCUGAAGCUAAGGCACUAACAGUCAUUAGACCACUUGUGGAUUGUAACUACAGAACUUGAAUAUUGCUGAGGAAAGGCACGUUUUCCUCAAGCUUUUCACCUCACACUCAUCAUGACUUUCCACAAGAAUACAAAUUCAAGAGGAGGACCAACAUCCCAUAUGUGGAAGGAGAGUGCAGAUUGCUUGACAGGUAAAUUGAUGCUAAAGGUUAUGCCUAUUAAUGCGAGGCUUUGCAGACUUGAGUGUUAAUAUAUGUAGCUUCCAAUACAUGCAAGUGCCCCAUACUUGGAGUUCACUGGGUCCUUUCUCAGGGAAAUGCCCUGACAAAUCAAAGUCAACCGGGCCUGGUUUAAAAUUUAAACAAAGGUGGCUGUGAACUGUCAAUCGGCAUUAAUUGUUGCAUUCUCCAUGGUAUUGCCUCUACUGAUCAAGAGUCAGAAAUCACACAAUGCCAGGUUAUAGUCUGACAGGUUUAUUUGAAAUCGCAAGCUUUCAGAGGUAUUCUUGUGAAAUGUCCUGAUGAGUGCAAAAUGAGAACCUUCAACAAAAUGUAUCUUACUUCAGCAGUGCUCAAGUUCUGUAAUAACAAACGAGUAUUUAAUUAAAGGAUUCCUGCGAGAUUACUUUUUUUUUCCGUUUGCCAUUUCUACCAGUCGCCAGUUUAAAGCUAUGAGCAUUGAAUCCUUUCCUGCAUAAAAUCUUCUGUCCACUGACAAAGCAAGGGCAUGGUUAUUGAGAAUCCUAUGUAACCUUGAUUUUUUGUAAAACUGACAUUGGAAGAUAGCUUGUGGUGAUAUGUGGUCCAUGUACUGUUUUUGUGUUGAAAUGCAAUGCUUAAUUUGGCUUAAAGUAAUGACCUAUUGUCAACACAUCUUCCAAACUCAAUCAUUUUAAACAGACUUCCUCAGAUACCGUACGCCAAUCCUGCAGUGCACAUUGCAGAGCUAAGGUGCUGUCCUCUGUGUGAGUAAGGAACAGGGACUCCAUUGGUGACCCUCACACUGAUGAUUCGAGAAUGAGGAAUUAUUUGAGAGGACAGUCAUAAGGUCAAAAUGCUCAUUCUCUUAAGAUUACUCCCUUCUCAUUAGUUUGAUACUAUUGUGAGAUAUUUUUCUUUGAUCAAAAUUGAGGGCAUAGCUCACCACUGUACGGUCACCCACUGCAAUUAUGCAGCCUCACCAGUAACCCCAAGGUACUUAAUGCUGUGAAUGCAUGAGCAUGCAGAAAGACUGCUUCAUAAAUUCUUGGGACUUGGCCAUAUUUGAAACCUCGUAUGCUGAUCAUAGCUCUUAAUACAUAUUGGCACCAUCCAAAAUUAUGGGUUUUAUUUGUGAAAUUGCAGUAAUCCUGUGCAUGGAGAGGGACCUUUUCAACCUGCAAGCCUGUUAGAGAUGGUUCAGUUGCUUCCAAAGCACUGGAAACAUUGAGACUGUUCUCUGUCUUUGUCAUUGUUGCGUAUACUCAAUGCUCUAAUGGAGCUGAAAAGCAGCCAAGAAUUACACAACCUCAUUGAACAAUUUCAAAGCCUAAAUGAUUCAAGGUUUGAAAAAAAAACAAAAUUGAGAUGAAAAAUUCUGCGAAUAUUUAUGGAUUGUGUGUACGUUGGAUAUUACAGCCUGCAAACUCAUCUGAUUGAUGAGGGGAUAAGCUGUUCGAAAAAUCCUAUGCAUGUAGACCAAGCAAAAGGAUGCGGUCACUUUAAAGAUUGUCAAACUGCGAGUAAUGUCAAACUAACACACCGCCAUUGUAUGGGGAGCUGUUGAAAUACAACCACCCCAUCUCGCUUUGCAAAGGGAGCUGUCAGAAUUGGAGAGCUGGUGACAUCACUUGCUGUUGGAAGAGCAGCUGCAGGGCUGAACUCACGUGGGAUGUUGGACUUUAUUUUUCCUAAGUCUUGUGUCUUAUUUCCUAAGGAGGCGGUUUUUAAUUCCUGUCAAGAUGUUGAACUUGCAAGUCCUUUCGAGUCUCCCCUGCCGCAGAACGCAGCAGGCCUGUCCAGUUUGUGUGACAGCCUACACUGUGAGGUGGGGGGGAGCCCCCCAUUCAUUCACCAGACUGCCCCUUCAGCCUGGUUUCAAAUCCAGGCAACACGUCCCUACGACGUCCAGAAAUUCCGGGGGAGGGUAGGAACCUUUGCUGCAGGAGCUCUCGGUUCGGGGUGGAAGGUUUUCACACCUCGUGGGUGUAGGGAGGUGGUCAGGUCACCUGCUUUGUGAUUGAGGGCGCUGCUUUGAGACUGAAGAGGAUCAAAGUUGGCCAUCUUAACUCUGUCAAGGCGCAGUGUGUCAAUGCAUUGAGAUGAUGCCUGUUGAAAGCCAAAUUUCUCCAUUGUCUGUCAGACACAAUUGAAAGAGAAACCUCCAGGAGUAAGGUGGUCGCACAUUAACUAAAAUAAGCCAUCAGUUUCUCUAAGACCAGUGCCUGCUUGCGAGACAGCGUACAGGGAUUAGAAAUUCUUGUAAGUUCAACAUCUUUUUUUAAAAGCAUUCCCAUUCAUUCGGGGGUUCUCUUGUUUUUUUUUGUAAAUUAGGUAAAAUAAUGCUACCGAUACUGAAAGAAAAUGGAUUUAUUUAAGAAACUAAAUAGAAGAUUUAUGCUGGGCAAGUUUAGAGUCAAAUUGUUUUAUCCCUGCACUGUGAAUGCUACCCAAAGCUCAGCAGUGCGGCUUCCAUUGCAAACAAAUUAAAAUAAAACCUAUUUUAAAAUAAA